UAAGCUCAGUCCUAUAUAUCUCUUACUACAUCUGCCCUUUCACCCAAAACUCCAAAACCAACCUGACCACCGAUCUUCCACCGCCGGCAGCGUUCUACGGCAACUCGGCGCCGUCCUUCCUUCUUUCUCAAUCGUUUAGUUCUGGUUAAUUUUUACAAAAAUGAAGUUCACAAUAGAAGAAGUGACAGUGUAUUUUCCAUAUGACAACAUCUACCCAGAACAAUACUCAUACAUGGUUGAAUUAAAACGAACCCUAGAUGCAAAAGGACACUGUCUUCUUGAAAUGCCAACAGGAACAGGCAAAACUAUUGCACUUCUUUCUCUGAUCACAAGUUACACACUUUCAAAGCCUCAAUCGCCGCUUAAGCUUAUCUAUUGUACUCGAACGGUCCAUGAGAUGGAAAAGACUCUUGCUGAACUCCGACUGCUUCAUGAUUAUAUGGUCAAAUGUCUCGGUCCUGCUGCUAAGAUGCUCGCGCUUGGACUUUCGUCGCGCAAGAAUCUUUGUGUUAAUUCGUGUGUUCUUACGGCUGAGAACCGUGAUUCGGUCGAUGCUGGAUGUAGGAAAUUGACUGCUAGUUGGGUUAGGGCGCUUGCUGCAGAGAAUCCGACUGUUCCUACGUGCGAGUUUUUCGAGCAGUAUGAAAGGGCUGGGUCUGCUGCUGUUUUGCCUCCUGGAGUUUAUACUUUGCAGGAUCUGAGAGCAUUCGGGAAGGAGAAAGGGUGGUGUCCUUACUUUUUGGCACGGCAUAUGGUGCAGUUUGCGAAUGUGGUGGUCUAUAGCUAUCAGUAUUUGCUUGAUCCAAAGGUAGCUGCCAUUAUAUCCAAGGAAAUGCAGAAAGAGUCAGUUGUUGUAUUUGACGAAGCUCAUAAUAUUGAUAAUGUUUGUAUCGAAGCACUUAGUGUCAGUGUGAGGAGGCAGACUAUUGAUGGGGCUAGAAGAAAUAUAAGUAGGAUGCGUCAAGAAAUUGACAAGUUCAAGGCCACAGAUGCUGGUAGACUCCGUGCUGAAUACAACAGGCUUGUCGAGGGUUUGGCUCUAAGAGGAGAUUUACCUGCUGCCGAUGGUUGGCUUGCAAAUCCAGCCUUGCCUGAUGAUAUAUUGAAGGAGGCUGUACCUGGAAAUAUUCGCCGGGCUGAGCAUUUUAUGCAGGUUUUGCGUAGAUUAGUUCAAUACCUUGAAGGGCGUCUGGAAACGGAGAAUGUGGAGAAGGAAAACCCUGUUAGCUUUGUUUUCUCUAUUCUUAACCAAGUUGGAAUUGACCAAAAAACAUUGAAAUUCUGUUAUGACCGCCUUCAUUCAUUAAUGAUGACAUUGGAAAUAACCGACACUGAUGAGUUCCUUCAUAUCCAAACGAUAUGUGAUUUUGCCACACUAGUGGGUACAUAUGCUCGUGGUUUUUCUAUUAUAAUAGAACCUUUUGAUGAGAGAAUGCCUCAUAUUCCUGAUCCCGUAUUGCAGCUUUGUUGCCACGAUGCUUCUCUUGCCAUAAAACCUGUUUUUGAGCGGUUUCAGACGGUUGUGAUUACAUCUGGCACACUAAGCCCCAUAGAUUUGUACCCUCGUCUUCUAAAUUUUAACCCUGUUGUCAGUCGAAGUUUUACAAUGUCCUUAACAAGAGAUUGCAUAUGCCCUAUGGUCCUUACCCGUGGCAGUGAUCAGCUCCCAGUCAGUACCAAAUUUGAUAUGAGAAGUGAUCUUGGUGUAGUAAGGAACUACGGAAGGCUCUUAUUGGAGAUGUCAUCAGUUGUUCCUGACGGGAUUGUAUGUUUCUUCGUCAGUUACUCGUACAUGGACGGUAUAGUCAAUAGCUGGAAUGAAAAUGGAAUUUUGAAGGACAUAAUGCAGCAUAAGCUUGUCUUUAUUGAGACUCAGGAUGUGGUUGAAACUACGUUGGCUCUUGACAACUACCGCAAGGCUUGUGAUUGUGGAAGAGGUGCUAUCUUUUUUUCAGUUGCGAGAGGAAAAGUUGCGGAAGGUAUUGAUUUUGAUCGACAUUAUGGCCGUCUUGUAAUCAUGUUUGGUGUUCCUUUUCAGUACACAUUAAGCAAGAUUUUGCUUGCACGUCUAGAAUAUCUACGUGAGACUUUUCAAAUUAAGGAAGGAGAUUUUCUAACUUUUGAUGCCUUGAGACAAGCUGCACAGUGUGUGGGCCGUGUAAUCCGUUCAAAGGCUGAUUAUGGAAUGAUGAUUUUCGCUGACAAAAGGUAUAGUCGUCAUGACAAACGUUCCAAAUUGCCUGGUUGGAUACUCUCUCAUUUACGCGAUGCCAACCUGAACUUAAGCACAGACAUGGCUUUGCAUAUAGCACGCGAGUUCCUCAGGAAAAUGGCACAGCCAUAUGAUAAGACUGGUGGCACUGGGAGAAAAACCCUGUUAUCUCAGGAAGAUUUGGAGAAGAUUGUUUUUGAUGGAAGCAUGAAUGAUAUUUUAUAUUGAGGCUAUAUACAAAUUGAGUGACUUGGAUCACUACUCAAAAAUCACCUUUAACAGCAAUUAUCUAGUGGCCAUCGACUAUUUAAUUAUUACCGAUCCGACCUUUUAAUCUUGUACCAGUGAGCAUUUGGUUCAAUGUGCGGUCCAGUUUUGAUUACGUCGUUCCUUGAUUCCUUCUAAUUUCAUUUUUUUGUAGCUAAUCAAAAUUGAUAUACAACAAUUGUUGUGAGUAUUGGUGGUAAAACUAAUAUUACUAUUAAUUGCAUAGCACCUCCAUUCUUUCAAUUU